AAACGUUCGAUCUAGAAGACUUCAAAUAUAACAGCGUGAAUAUGACGGCCUUUCGCUUGGUGGAUCUCGAGGAACCCAAGGUUGCCGACGUACUCAAGCAGAUGGAACGUUUCCAGCCAGCUAUUGGUCAUGCCAUCUUGAACAAAACCGGAGUCAUUCAGGCAGAACCAGCUUUGGUGUAUGAUAGCGUGCAAGUUUUCGCGCAUGGUUUGGCAGCUCUGGACCGCAGUCACGAUUUAAGGCCAGCAAAUCUGUCCUGCGAGAAAGAGGAACCUUGGGACGACGGUUUAUCACUCUACAACUACAUUAAUGCCGCAGGCUUACAUGGAUUAACCGGACAUAUCGAAUUCAAUGAAGGAAAGAGAACCAAUUUCAAACUGGACCUUUUGAAGCUGAAGAAGGAGGAGCUCGUUAAAGUCGGCGAAUGGAAACCCGGAUCCGGUAUUAAUGUUACGGAUAUGGACGCCUUUUACGAGACCACAGCGACCAACAUUACGCUCGUAGUGAUGACGAGAGAGGAAAAACCCUACGUCAUGGUAAAAGAAGACAAGAAUUUGACUGGUAACGCGAGGUUCGAGGGCUUCUGUAUCGAUCUACUCAAGUGUAUUGCCGGUCAGGUCGGCUUCCAAUACGCGAUCAAAUUGGUGCCGGAUCACAUGUACGGGGUCUACGAUCCCGAGACGAAAGAGUGGAAUGGUAUCGUGCGCGAGCUCAUGGAGAAGAGAGCGGAUCUAGCGGUUGCCUCCAUGACGAUUAAUUAUGCCAGGGAAAGCGUAAUAGACUUCACAAAGCCGUUUAUGAAUCUCGGAAUUGGAAUCUUAUUUAAGGUGCCGUCCAGUCAGCCGACGCGGCUCUUCUCCUUCAUGAAUCCGCUCGCGAUCGAGAUCUGGCUCUACGUGCUCGCCGCCUACAUGCUCGUGAGCUUCACCCUGUUCGUGAUGGCGCGCUUCAGCCCGUACGAGUGGAACAAUCCGCAUCCGUGUCUGGCCGAGAGCGACGUGGUCGAGAACCAGUUUAGCGUCAGCAACAGUUUCUGGUUCAUCACCGGCACCUUCCUAAGACAGGGCAGCGGGCUCAACCCUAAGGCAACUAGUACGAGAAUAGUAGGCGGCAUAUGGUGGUUCUUCACGCUGAUUAUCAUCUCCUCUUACACUGCGAAUCUGGCGGCCUUUCUGACAGUUGAAAGAAUGAUAACGCCAAUCGAGAACGCCGCCGAUCUUGCGGAACAAACCGAGAUACCUUAUGGUACUUUGGAGGGUGGAAGUACGAAAACAUUUUUCAGAGACUCGAAAAUUGGAAUCUAUCAGAAAAUGUGGAGGUUUAUGGAAUCGAAGACUCCAAGUGUGUUCGUUCAAAGCUAUGAAGAAGGUAUAAAGAGAGUUCUGGAAGGCGACUACGCAUUUUUGAUGGAAUCGACUAUGCUCGAUUAUGCAGUUCAACGCGAUUGCAAUCUGACGCAAAUAGGAGGUCUAUUGGAUAGCAAAGGAUACGGAAUUGCUACUCCGAAAGGCUCGCCCUGGAGAGAUAAAAUAUCUCUAGCUAUUCUGGAGCUGCAGGAAAAAGGUGUAAUACAGAUCCUCUACGAUAAAUGGUGGAAGAACACCGGCGAUGUGUGUAACAGAGACGACAAGAAUAAAGAGAGCAAGGCUAACGCUCUCGGAGUCGAAAAUAUAGGCGGUGUCUUUGUUGUGUUGCUCUGCGGCCUGGCGCUCGCGAUCUUAGUGGCGAUCCUCGAGUUCUGCUGGAACUCAAAGAAGAAUACCCAAUCGGACAGGUCCCUCUGCGCCGAAAUGGCCUCGGAAUUGCGAUUUGCCGUCCGCUGCGGCUCCCGCCAGAGGCCUGCCGCGAAAUCGCGCAAUUCCGCGGUCGCCGGAUCGUCCUACCGAAGAAGAACGCGUCUCUCUUCCACGCCGGAACACGAGGAGACCACCUACAUACCGAGCAUCGAGUUCCCGCGAUUAAAUGCAGGAGGGUGGUGCGUUGUCGAUGACGGAGAUGAAGAAAUCAUUGAGCUUCGAUCAGGUGUCCCAUGGCGGAAACACCUAGCACAGGCCUCAUCCUCAUCUUCGUCGUCAACAACAGCAACAACAGCAGCAGCAGCAACUUCAGCAACAAUCGCAACAACAGCAACCGCCACUGUGCAAAGCCACUCCCACGCACACGCGUCACACACACUGCCACUCACAUUCACACCUACACAGUCACCAUGCGCACAAACACCAAGCACCUCCGCCGAGACAGAGACGGGGCUCUUCGGGCAUCAUCUUGGGUCAAGGAGGUGACCAUCCUGAGAAUAUUCUCUGGAGAUUCGAUUGCGACCUAGCGGGUGAACCGGACGUAGUGAUUUCUCCGCCGCCCCCGCCACCGCCGCCGCCCUCGGCAACGGUCUCGAGGACCACGACUCUUUGACCAAUACUCGAGGAGGUACCGACAGGUGUACCAGCCCAAAAGGAGCUGUCCACGCAGGCUUCAGUGGUCAUCAAUGUAAUCGAUCAGAAGGAGACGUGCUUAUAGCACAUAUAGUCGCCGGGGCGGGUCGGUAAACCGCAACGAGGGCCAUCCCGCGCCGACGACGAUGUCGGAUCAUCAUUGAUUGAAAGCGUGAUGACGAGAAACUGAGGCUGAGCGAUCAAUCAAUCGGACGAGAGAACUGAAAUAUUUUGUUUAUUUAUUUUCGUUUUAAAUGAGAAAUACGUUCUCGAACGUGGUAUCGUGUAGUAUCGAUUAUUGUGCCCCGACAGUAAACAAAUGUGUAUGAUAUUAUUAUCUCAAUAUUCGAAGAAUCAGCGAAAUCGCGCCGGCAGUGUUACAAAAAUGUAUGAUCUAAUCAGGAUAAUGGAAGCUACGUAGCUGUUCUGCGUUCGUUAAUAGAGGCCAACAUCUCAAUGAACGAGUGGUUCCCGAAACUAUUGGGAUCAAAGCAGAUGAAAACGACGGAAUGCUAUUCAAACGAGAGACCCGUGGUAUAUAUAUAUAGCUAAUGAAAGCAUACAUCUGACCAACAAAUCGAGCCGGGAUCAAAUCGAAAAGUGCCAGUGCAUGAAGUGUCAUAGAUCAAUCGUGAUAAAUAGGAAUAAUAGGGACUGCAUGGAAAAUAAAAUGCCACGCGCAAUGCCAGUUGACCAGGAAUUGCUCGUGUUUCGAAAUUUCCCGACGCAACGGCAGAAUAUCGAAUGAAAAGAGCCGAACGUUUGUCCGAAGUGUGUCCAGCCAGACCGCGCUGACCGGAACCGACCGCGAUGCCACGGCAUGUGUGUCGGCGGAACGCGAGCAGAUUUCAAGAGCCGAAUUUCAAAUUACACAUAUCGAAACGGAUGUAAAAAGCCGAUAAAGUUCGUUGAAGGCUGGUUUUCGCGUACAGAAUUGUAUUUCAAAGUUAUAUUGCAAUUUAUAGGCUAGAAAUUUCUCGCGGAAACAGCCAAAGAAUCAUUCAUUAUAUACGAAAUAGCUAAGAAAAUAUCCGCGAUUGCCUCUUAACUGAUUGACAGUAAUAUGCAAUUACUUUACGAUCAUCAUGCCGGAUUUUGCGAUUUCUGUGAACGCGAGCGUCAAGUCGAUUGCGAGAUCGCUGACACGGUCCCACACUAACGCGAUGUCAACGUCUAUUGGAAUGCAAAUUCCAAUGACAAUAAUUUCGGACUGUAUUUUUGCAACCAUAAUAUUCGCGCAUAAAUACUUUCUCUUUCACGAGUCCUCGAUCUCGAUCUCGAAAAUGCGAAGCGAAAGAAACCAAUAGAUGCAUAAAUAAUCGAUUAUUAAACAGCUAAAUAAAACUUUCACACGCAAUGAAAAAUAUAGUGCAAUAAAACAUCGAGGGCUGUAUCAUAUGACUCGGACCAAAUUCAAAUUAGUAAUCACUGCCAAAUUUAGCCUAAACAAAUGUCAAAGCAAACAAACACCCAAUAAUUUUGAGCAAAGAUCGACGAAUACAAAAAUUAAAUUGCGACAAGUUAAUAUAAAUGAUGCUUCUUAUUAUGAAGAAUUCAUAUUAUUUCUAAACUUCUAAAUUUUUCUAAAUUACUUCACAUUAUUCCAUAAAAGAUAAUUAACAAAAAGUAAAAUCAAAAUCUAAUUUUAAAAAAUUCACUGCGUUUUUAACAAUUUCUUAUCAGAAAUCCCUUUGAAUCAUUUAAUUAGAGGAACAAACAACUCAAAGUUCGAGUCACAAAAAAAUUACAACAAAUAUAUCCUGAUAAUGACGUGCGUUUCGUAUAUAUUAUAAGAAAUCUUUUUUGCCAUGUUAAUACCAUACUAUGUCAGCGUGAUCAACGUAUGUAUAAAUAAGCGAUUUAGUAAAAAAAUUAGUUAUUUUUAAAAGGAACACACAUAUAUACAUUGGCACAAAAAUAAUCAGAAAUUGAGUCGUAAGAUAAUUAAAAUGAUGAAAAAAAAGUACACGAUCAUUCGGUGGGAUCCCAUUGUCUUAUGUAUAAGCAUGAUGGUACACUAACUGUUGAAAAGUGAUUUAUAAAUCUUUUGUAUAAAUAUAUAUAAUAUAUGUGUGCGAUUUAUAAAUGCACUUAUAACGUAAUGUAUAUGUAUAAAUAUAUAUAUAUAUAUAUAUGUAUGUAUACGUCGACGUGUGUGUACAUAAAUACGAACAUAUUACGCGCGCUUGUGGUAGAUGAAAAAAAUCGGAGCGCGCGAAAGACCUAGUCAUAUUUUGACACAAUCGAAUAGGUUAUUAUCAUUGACGUGUGUACAGCGAGCAUUUUUCACGAGAAGAUAGAAAAAAAUAGAUAAGCCGAUUAACUGUUUUUAGCUAUAUACGCAAAGUUUCAUAUAUUGUGAAUAUAUUAUUAUAUUACUGUUUGUUGAGGAGAUUACGUCGUGUGUGGCGAAUUUAUUAAUAUGUUACACUAGCCGUUGGACGUGAAGAAUGGGAGUGAAUGUAUAAGUGUAUGUAUGCGAACACUUAAGAAGAAACUGGACGGAUCAGAUAUGUCAAAAGUUAAUAAAUCUAAUAUAUUUCGAGAUUAAUGAAUUUGACAUUUAUGCAAAGCAAAUUUUUAGCCUUUUAAAAUAUAAAAUUAAUUAUUAAUUUGUGAGUUAAAGUAAAGAUUUGCUCUGUUGAAUAUAAUUUAAUCUUAAAAUCGUAAAUAUUAAUUUAUAUCGAACUAACUUUUUUAUAGCGACUGCACCACAAAAAUUUUAUAGUGACUGACAAACAUUCAUGAAAAUAAAGAUUCUAAUCCUACAGGACAAAUCUUUAUUUUAACUCACAAAUUAAUUAUUAAUUUUAUAUUUUAAAAGUCUGAAAAAAUACUUUUGCACAAUAUCAAAUGAAUCUCGAAAUGUAUUAGAUUUAUUCAUUUUUGAUAUAGCUAAUUCGUCCCAUUCCUCCUUAACAAAAAAAAGUUUCGUUAUGAGAAAAAGAAAGAAAGAGAGUUGAAGAAAUAGAACGUGCGCAAAAAAAAAAAACGAGCAAUCCAUACUGCCACAUCUGACAAGCAAUUCGCGAUACAUUUUCAACACAUUUAUACGGCUAGAUAAUGACAUUAUAUGAAACACGUACAGUUAAAAAGCGAAAAUUAAUUUAUUAGCAAACGCGAUGAUUCCACGUGUGUAAGUCUGCGCAAAAAAGUUCUCAAUUGAAAAUUCGAUAUUGGUAAUUCUCUCUGUAUGUAACAUUGCGACGCAUUACUUGCAUUUGCAAAAAAAAUAUUUCUGUAUACUUUUUUUGUGAGAGUUCUUUCGAUAUUUUUAAAAAUAUUGAAUAUUAUAUUACGAUAUGUUACGGUAUUUUACGGCGAAAUUAAGCUUUAUGUUUCCUCUUUGUCGAAGAAGAGACAAAUGAUAUAAAACUCAAAUUAAAAACUAACAAUGAUGGUUUAUUGGCGCAUUAAUAAUGAAAAA